CAAUUGGCAACCAAAGCAGCUCGUAAAAGUGCUCCUGCAACUGGUGGUGUUAAGAAACCUCAUCGUUAUCGUCCCGGUACAGUGGCAUUACGUGAAAUUCGUCGUUACCAAAAAAGUACAGAACUAUUAAUCCGCAAAUUACCAUUUCAACGUUUAGUACGAGAAAUUGCUCAAGAUUUCAAAACAGAUUUACGUUUCCAAAGUUCUGCUGUUAUGGCUCUACAAGAAGCAAGUGAAGCAUAUUUGGUCGGUUUGUUUGAGGAUACAAAUUUGUGCGCCAUUCACGCAAAGCGUGUCACAAUUAUGCCAAAAGAUAUUCAAUUAGCCAGACGUAUUCGUGGAGAACGUGCUUAAUUGAAUUGAAGAAGAUAUAUAUCCAAACGGUCCUUUUCAGGAC